AUGAACAUUUUCAACACUAAUGAAGUUCCAUUACGAUCUUAUAUACAAUCCCGUAUAACUGAUUUGGAAAACGCACUUGAAGAAGAAGUACGAAAUCGUGAUAAGGUUGAUAUUGCACUUCUUGAACAACAAUUUGAUCGUGAAUCGGAAAAUUUGAUUCUUGGCAUAACAAGACAAGUUCACCAAGUUCGAGAUGAAAUUAAAACUUAUCGGCCAACAAAUAUUAAUGAACCCGAUUACGAACAACGAAUGAUUCAAUAUCGACAAUUUCUUCAAAGUUCAUCAAUAAGUCUCAAUCGAAUGACGAAUUCCAUUGAUGCGAUAUUCGAAAAAAUCAAAUCAAUUAUUAAAAACGUCAUCCGAUGGAUAGCAGACAACGCACAAACGAUCGUUCAGAUUUUAGAGCAAAUUUGUCAUGCAUUCAAAUUUAUCGAAUCAUUUUUCAUUCAUUGA